UAUAUAGACUCCAUAUACUACUGAGUCACACAGCUCUCUCUCUCUCUCUCUCUCUCUCUCUGAGUCUUUAGAUUUUAUUGGGUUGAGAGCAAGAUUGCAGAUCCAUAGGGUGCAGAAGAUUCAGAGGAAAAAGCUUUCCACCUGAUGAUGGACACACAAGGAGAAGAGAAGAUGGGCAAGAACAAGGACAGGGAAGAGCUACGUUGGCACUCAACUAGCUUGCUUUCAGCCAAGCCUUCUCCCUCCUACCACCCUGUUCUCUCUUUCCUACAGCAUCCAAACCCUCCCACAUCUUAAGGUCAUCCCUUAUCCCAUCAGCUUCAUUUCUGCUGCUCCGUUCUUCAAUCCUCCUUGCUAUAGCCCAUUAGUCCGAACAAGGACAAGAGAGAACACCAAAACAGUAUGAAGAGGCUCAGCAGCUCACACUCUUUUAAGGGUCCUCAAGGAAAAGAUGUCGGUCUUAUCUCCAUCCCCCCUUCAGUGGAAGAAAAGGGUAAGUACGAGGCCGUCCUUGUCGAUGGAAUUGAGGAGGUGGAGUGCGAGGAGGAAGAGGAGCUCUGCAGCAAUGGCCCGUCGGGGCUGGGGGAGAAGAAGCGCCGGCUCAGCGUGGACCAAGUCAAGGCUCUGGAGAAGAACUUCGAAGUGGAGAAUAAGCUAGAUCCGGAGAGGAAGGUGAGGCUGGCACGAGAUCUGGGCCUGCAGCCGCGGCAGGUCGCCGUCUGGUUCCAGAACCGCCGCGCCCGGUGGAAGACGAAGCAGCUCGAGCGCGACUACGGCGCGCUCAAGUCCCUUCACGACGACCUUAAGCUCGACUGCGAUGCCCUCCGCCGCGACAAGGAGCUGCUCCUAGCCGAGAUAAGGGAGCUCAAAGCCAAGCUCGCAGACACGGGGAUGGACGCAACGCAGUCUGAGAUCAUCAAAGCAGUAGAGGAGGCGAGAGCUCCAUUGAUCUACAAGGACGGCGCCUCAGACAGUGAUUCGAGUGUGGUGUUCAAUGAUGAAACAAGCCCUUAUGGCGGUCUGGUGUUGCACCAAAACUGUCUCAUGGAAUUCAAGCCUCGUUCUUCUUCCUUGUCCUUCGAGAACAAAGCCAUGGAUGAGGGGUUUCUAGGUGGAGACGAGCUUUGCAGCAGCUUGUUCUCGGAACAACCGGCACCAAGCCUCUCCUGGUACUGCUCGGAUCCAUGCGAGUACAAAGGGGAUUAGCUUUCCAAGCUGGAGGGAUAGGAAGAACGAGAGAGAGAGAGAGAGAGAUAAGAAGAAAGAGAAACCAAGACUAGGGUGGAAAGAGACUUGUCACUUUUUUUUCAUGUGGAAUUCUAUUGGAAGCAGCACUUCGAUGAGAGGAGGAUACAGUAAAAUAAAAGGUCAAUGUAGUGAUCCGAGAAGACCAGAAUUGAUGAGAGGGAGGUGGGGGGAGGAUUUAUUUGUCGGCAGUGGCAAGGGGAAUGUUCUUCACCAGCUUAGGAAAUAGUAAUUGAACUGUCCCUUUUCUUA